AACAUUCAUGAAUCAGUCGAACGAUUUGAAUCGGAAAACCAUCGAAAAAAUGUUCCAAAUCAUUUGUUACAUUUGGCUGCUGGUCCUGCUGAAGGACUUGGACUUUUCCAGUGCCGAACCGCAUAACAAACAGCUGACCAUAUUUGUCGAAGCUGGGCGUCAGGAGUGCUUUUAUCAGCCGAUUGCCAGCUCUGAGAAUAUAAAAAUCGAUUAUCAGGUGAUACACGGUGGUCUCGGUGAAAUUCAUAUCAAUUUUAACUUUAUGGAUCCCAGUCGACACCUUCUAAUCAACGAAAUAAAAGAGGAAAAGGGAAAACAUAUCUUGGUGGCAAAUGAAACAGGAUCACAUAAGAUUUGUUUCGAUAAUACCAUUAGUUCUUUCAAUCAAAAGAUCGUAUCCUUUACCCUGGAAGUAACUGCUGCGGACCGAGAGGAGCAAGAACUGCGAAACCUCCGCCGGGAAAUGUUAACCGAUUACCAAUUUGACGUGGCCUACACCGGUAUCGACAAUUACAUGGGAAAGAUUCAGGUGAAUCUCAUGAGGUCCCGACAAACUCAGGAUUUUAUUCGAGCACUCGAGGCCAGAGAUCGCAAUGUGGCUGAAUCCACUUAUGCCAUGGUUAACAAUUGGUCGUGGGCUCAGUUUUUGUCAAUGAUAUUUGUUGGCCUUCUACAGGUCUUGAUGGUGAGAAGUAUUUUCCACACAAACGGGACGUUCUAUAAGUUUUGGAAAUGCUUUUGAGCUGUCAUCAAGAAAAUCUAUGGGAAUAUCCUUAAGUGGGUUAAUAUCAUUUAUUAUCUAUAAAGAAUUUGGUUUAAAUAGAAUACCUCUUUUUUGGAAGUGCCGCAGAAUAUUUUAGCACUCUGUAGAAUUUGAUUAUAAUUUGUAAGAAAAAUUAUAAAAAAUUAAAAAAAAUAAUGUUAGGGUUGCAAGUUAUUAGUA